AAAUAAUUGACACGUCACGUCAGUUCAGAAAACUAUUGAAAAAAGUUUAUUUGAAAAGUUUUCCUGUUGUGUUUUUAUUUUUAUAAAUUAUUAAUUGGAUUCUUCUUGUUCAAGUUAUGUUGCAAUAAAAUUAGUGAACACGUGUCUUUUUUUCAGUACCAAUAUAGAACGCACCAUGCGUUCUUCACAAACUAUAUCAAAAGUUUUAUUAGGAUGUUGCGCGAGUGCUUUCCUGAUGGAAAUUUUGAUGGCAUGGGCUCCUCAUAGUGCCAAUUUGAUUACAUUUCUCCAAUUUUUCUUUAUCUCCUUACAUGGGUUAAUAUUUACUAUAAAAUUUGGAUCGAUAAAAUCUAAAAUUCCAUUGCAGCAAUAUGCUAUACUUGUUGCUUUAUUUUUUAUUACUAGUGUGGCUAAUAACUAUGUUUAUGCUUUGCAUGUUCCGUCCACGCUGCAUAUGAUCGUACGAUCUGCUUCCUCUCCAGCCAGUAUGUUAGUGUAUUGUUUUUGGAAAAAACAAAAGCCAAAACUUAACAACGCUAUUGGAUCUCUUUUGAUAAGUAUAGGAGUGGCACUGGCCAUGUAUGGUGGAGCACCCACUGAAGAAAAUAAAGGAAUGUUCUUGUUUUGGUGUAUUGGAGUUGUUAUACUGUUGAGUACGUUGAUAACUGGUGCGUUUACUGGGCUUCAGCAGGAGUUGCUGUAUUCAAAAUAUGGAAAACAUCCAGAUGAGAUGCUGUUCUACACGCAUUGUCUCCCUCUCCCAUUCUUCAUGGUGAUAUCCCCACAACUGCACAGCACUGCAUUAAUCCUACCAAGAGAAAUAUGGUUCCUAAUAGCUUUUAAUAUAUUAAGUCAGUUUUACUGCACUCAUUCUGUCCAUGAAUUAGCUACUAAAGAGACUUCAGUAACAGUCACUUUUAUUUUGACGAUAAGGAAAUUCAUCUCGCUUCUAAUAUCUUCUAUAGUUUUUAAGAAUAAUGUUACGUUUUUACAUGUGUUUGGUUCUGUGUGUGUAGCGCUCGGUACAUAUGUUUAUUUUGACUUCUUCAGAAGUAGAAGGCAAAGACCUGUUAGUUUGAAAAAUAAAUGAUACAAAUCUGUUUCUGAAACAGACUAAUAAUGAUUAUGGUCCUAACAUGGAUUUAGUACUUUGUGGAGUACCUACUAAUUCCAUGGGUCCUAACAAUUUGAUAAACUGCCAGUUUAAUAAUUAUUCAAUGUAGGGGUAACAGUAAUUUUGUAAUUUGUAAAGCAAGAAAACAGUUUUGAACAGAAAUUACAAAAAUGUUUGGAAUGAGCCAGUUUUCCCAUAGUAUUUAAUAAUUAUCAUGUUAAAUAGUAUAAAGGAGCAGUGAAUUCCAAAGCUAUAUUUUCAAAACAUGUGCUUGUAAGGUGAUGUAUUUGAGAUAAAUUUGGCAUAUCUGUUGAAGCUUCUUUCAAUAAAAGACUGCAAUUUAA